CCAACAAACGCAAACACACUCGCACGCACACACACACACACACACACAGGGACUGUGGCGGUGUUCUACAGAAACACAUUGCUCAGGAGGGGAACCGCUCUCGUGGUGUAACAGCACUUUCUUGAUUCCGGGGUGGUUACACAAUGUGUCACUAACAUGACAGAAAAGCAGAAGGGCCGUGGCAGGGAGAAAAGUCUAUGAGCUAACGGUUUGAUGUCAAAGGGCAGAAAAGUAGUUGUUUAUUUAUUUUUUUCCCUUUGGUUGAGUGAAAGGUUAGAAUUAUGGCUAUAGACAUUUAUAUUUGAAAUGAUCCGUGAAGCAAAUGAAUUAUUCUUGGAACUAACAGACACCUGGUGAGAUGAACAAGAUGGACGCGAUCUUCACGGAAACUUUAGAAGAGUUUAUGGGAAGUGCACUUGUUACAUGGGUGCAUCUCUUUGAAGACAUGGUUGAUGAUGACGGCCAGGACUACAUGGAAGUCAACUCCAACUCCCAUAAUGCACUAGGGCAGUACCUGCGCCUCACCAAUGGAAUCUACCUCAAUGAAGUCAUGAGAAUCAUUGACCCUAACCCAAAGGUAGAGCAGCUCUAUCACAACGUGGGCGACGACAAGAUUCUCAGAGUUCAAAACUUCUCCAUUCUCAAUCGGCACCUCAGGUCAUACUAUCAGGACAACCUUCAGCAGUUGGUUUUGAUGCCUCUUCCCAAUGUGGCAGUUUUGGGUCGAGAUCCCCUCACAGAGGGUGCUCUGGAAGAACUAAGAAGGUUGUUGCUGCUUUUAUUGGGAUGCGCAGUACAGUGUGAAACGAAGCAAACGUUCAUUCAGCAGAUCCAGUCACUCAACAUCGAGACUCAGGCAGAACUCGCUCUCUGUAUACAGGAGGUGACCCAGGACCCGAGUGCAGUCCUGCCCCUGCAGUACGGAGAGAUGUGUGCGCUAGACGGGCUGGAGUUACAGACGCUGCUCUGUUCCCUUGCUCGGCAGAUCCAGAGCCUCCUAUCUCAGAGAGACACACAUCUAGAGAGAAUAGCAGAACUGAGUAUGCAAAGUGAGUCAGUUUCAUCCCCCACAGCGCCACCUACAGGACCCUGGCACGAUGCCCCAGAGGGACUGUCAAUCCAACUGGCGGACAGCAAAGCCAAACUACGCAGACUCAAACAGGAACUGGAGGAUAAAGAAGAUCAAUUAAUCGAUUACAAGCGAGAAAUACAAACUAUGGAAGAGGAGCUUAAGAAACUGCAGUGUGAGAACCGAGCACAGCAGGGCGAGCUCCGUGUCAGUCGGAGUCUACGAGACGAAGUGGACUGUCUGCGUGAGCGUGCAAGCAGAGCAGAGCAGCUACAGAUGGAGCUAAAGACCUGCACACACCGUCUACGCAGCAUGGAACUCUACCGCACUCAGCUGAAGGAGCAGCAGCAAUACUGUGCUUCACUGCAGGAGAACAAGGCCCUCCUGGAGGAGCAACUGGACGACGCGCGAGCCCGAUGUUCCGCCUUACGGGAACUGGAAAAAGACAAUCUUUUGCUCAGACAGAAACUCAUGGACAUAGAGGCGGAGCGGGAUGUGGAGAGGCAGAGGGUCGAUGAGCUGCUGGAGAUGAAUAUGAGUCUGCAGAUGACACCGUCUCACUCUGUUGAUGUCACGCGGAGUGUGAAUCAUCCUCGCGUCCUCUACUCUGAGCUGGAAUCUGAUGAAGAGCUUCAGGAGCCGAAAACCCCUGAGGAUCCUGUUGACCAGAAGCCACUGAGCGUAGAGGUGAACGAGGCGUCCUCCCUAAGGCUUCUGGGAGCUGAGAAUGAAAAUGCCGAACUGAGGAGACGACUGGAGCGCCUGCAAGCUGAGCAAGAGGCUCUGCAGGCAAACUGUCCUGAGGUGACAGAGGCUCUUCAGAGACAGACAGACAGAUUCAAACAACUGGAAGAAGAACACCAGAAUACCCUUAGAGAGUUUCAGAACCUGAAGAAUGAAAAUACCAGCCUGAAGAAAACCCUUGAAGAACUGGAGAAACUUCGACUCCAAGAAAAGCAGAAGGAGAGGUCAUCUGGAGAGGUGGACAAAGAGAUCCCAAGGGGGGAGUGUGAAGGAAAAGAUAUAGGAAAAGAAGAAAAGAGAAAUAAGGAGAUUGUGAGAGCACAGAGGGAGGAUGGAGAAGGAGAGGAAGUCCUCCUUGAAGAUGGUAAAGAGGAGACUAAAAAAAAUGAUAUGGAGACAAAAGAAAGAGGAGAAGCAGAAGGCGAGAAAUGGACAGGGACAGGUAAAGAUAAGCCUGAAAGCAUGACACCAAAGGAGGAAAGCAAAUCAGAGGAUCAGAUACCCAAACAAAAAGAAAAAACAGAAGAAGACACGAGAGAAAUGGAGAUGGAGUUGGAUAAGCUCCGCAAGCAGAUACACACUCUAUCCACUCAGCUGCAGCAGGCGGUGGAGGAGGCGGAUCAGCAGGCAAAACUGGUCCAAGAGCUGCACUCCAAACUCGGAGAGCAGACUAAGAAGACCCGGGAGACGGAGCAGAAAAUGGCUCUUCUGGAAGUUGAAAGCCAGAGACUGAGGAAAGCAGCGGAAAGCCUCACAGAGGCCAGAAAACAGAUAGAGAUUUUGCAGUGUGAGUCCAUGCACCAGGAGGAGGAGCUGAUGCGUCUGCGCAGUCAGUCAGAGCUGCAGAAGAUGGAGGCUGCAGUUAUUCCUCAGCUAGAGGGAGAGAGAGCUGCAUUGGAGAGGGAGAGAGAAACCCUCAAAGCUACGAUAGAUUCUCUUCGGGCCUCAGUGCGCAAAGGUGAUCAACUUGAGUUGACCAAUCAAACUCUGAAGGCGGAGCUUGAACGGCUAGGCCGGAGCUUGGAGUCUGCCCGUCGACGGGAGGAGGAGCUGGAAGCUGAGCUGAAGGAGUCUGGCCUUGAGAUUGAGUCUCUGAACAAGAGGCGGGAUGAGGCCAUGCUGGAGGUCACACGUCUAGAGCAAGAGAAGGAGGUGUGUCAGUCCGAGCUGGACAGUCAACGGCGUGAGCAGAGACAGAAAGAGCGUGAGAUGGCCAGACUCCGACAGCAGCUAGAGAGCACCGCCUCAGCCCUGGAACAUGGCAACCAGAGGGCCUGCAGCCUGGAGCUCCAGCACAGACGGGUAUGCCAGGAACUUGCCCAGCUUAAAGAAACCUGCAUCCAACUAGAGGAACUGCAGAAGGAGAACCAACAACUGAGUUUACUGAAUGCUGAGAACAGCACACAGAUCACCUCCCUAACACAGGAGUUGACCAGUGAGAGGGUUCAGUCCCAGAAGCUGACCACUCAGGUUGCUGAGUUAAAUCAGUCUCUUGAAGAGACGGAAGGCAAGCUUAAAAUUGCCACUUCACAACUUGAGCAGCUACAAGCUGAGCAUGCCAGAGUAGUAGCAGAGGUCACAGCAUCUCUCUGCAAUGCAAGCGCUGGAGAGACAGAAGACUCUAAAUCAAACAGACAAAGUACAAUGCAGAGAGAAAGUCCAGAGGAGGCAGAUAUCAAUUCUGAGGAUCAGAUAACAGACAGUCAGAUCUCGGAACAGGAUUCCAUUGUCUCUUCCUUCGAGGACACAAAAACACAGAGUUUUGAAAUCGACAAUGAGAGCCAACAGCUUCUUAGUGAAAAACUGGUCAAUUCGGAAAAGGAGAAUGCAGUGCUGCAGCGGGAACGAGAGGUAUUGCUGUCACAACUGGCACAGUCACAGGCAGCCUGCGCUCAAUUGCGAGAACAGCUGGAUGGAUUUCAGCGUCACUUCAUCAGCCUGCAGGAGAGCUGCUCUAAACUGCAGGACCUCAACACCAAACUACAGGUGGAGCAGGCUUCUCUAAGUUCCCAGAAUGCUUCGGUAUUGGCACGGUGCAGAGAGGUCGAGGUGCGCUGCGCUACUCUGGAGGCCGAGUCUAAGGUGUGGCAGAAGGAGAAAGAAGAGUCAGCAGUACGUUGUGAAUCGUUAAGACGGGACCAUGAGAGGCUGACAGCUUUACAGCAGAGGCAGGAGGCAGAGCUGGAAGAGCUACUCGCCAAGCACAGUCAGCUAAAAAGCAGCAGUCGAGGUGUAGAGGCUCAGUACAGAGAACUGGAGGCCAGACAUAAAGAGCUGAUGGAGAGCAAAGCUAAAUUGGAGGAGGCUGAGAAAGAGGUACAAGCAGAGAGAGAGAGAAUGGAGAGGGGUGUACAGGAGCAGGCCGACAGAGAGAAGGAGUUGGAAAGGCUCAAAAUGGAGAACGAGAGGUAUGUGAACCAGCAGAAGGAGUGGGUCCAGGUGCAGUCGGAAUUACUGGCGCAGGUUUCGGUCCUGCGUAGUGAAAUAAGCGCUGCUCAGCUAGAGCGAACCAAACUGGAGGGAGAACUCAACAUGCACAAAGAACAGAACCAACAGCUGGACCUCAACAAUGUCCGCCUCAACAGCCAAUACCAGCUUCUUACUCAGCUGAAAGGGAACAUGGAGGAGGAGAACAGGCAUCUGGUAGAGCAGAACCAGAGUCUAGCCAAAGAGAACCGAGCUCUCCUGGAGCGCAGCCUCGAGAGCCGAGACCAGCACCACAACCAGCAGAGAGAGUAUCUCGAUAAACUGAACGAGCUACGCAGAGAGAAGCAGAAAUUGGUGGAGAAGAUAAUGGAUCAAUAUCGGGUUCUGGAGCCUGGCAUGUCUGGACCUAAACAGCCCAAGAAGUCUAAUUGGAUCGCGGACCGUAUGAAAAAGCUGAUAAAGCCUAAAGGAGGCAGGGAAGGUCGAGCUCAGUUUAUCACCAUAGGAAGCAUGGAUGUACAGGAAGAGACGGGAGACACUGCACUGCCUUCCACCCUAACAUCAGCUCACAGUCACGAGCGAGACCCUAGCAGUGCCCCGGGAUCUCCGUCGGCCAUGAGGAGAGCGUCCUCUCAGGGAGACACAGAUGAGCCGUCCAAAGUGGUCCUUAGGACAGCACGCCGUAAACUGGGCUCCUCCAGACAUGGCUGGGGUCUAGGCAGGGGUCGAGACGGAGUCGUGUCUCAAUCCUUCAGUCCCGGAGACCGGCGCUCACGGCCAAUCCAGCGCAUAAACCCGCCAUCCAGUGCCUUGUGGGAAAAAGAUCUGGAUGGGAGUCCAACGCCUAGCGAGGAGGGACGAGGUGAGAGCGAAGAGAACAUCACUCCCGAGUACUCAGAUGCUAGUCGUGUCUCUUCCGGAGCUGAAGAUUCCCAUUCCAGUUUUGACAAGACCCAGGAGUAGGAACGGCAGCAAGAUUCAAGCAACUGUUGGAUGUGUUUGAUGUUUUUUUUUUUCAUGAAUAUACUGUUUUAUGUAUACUGUUUUAUAUUUUAUAAACUUGUAAUAGUGGAGAGGGAUGUUUAUCGAUUUGCAACAGAAUUGCAUUUGCACUAUUAUUUAAAAGCAAUAUUUUGAAUACAGCUACUUCUUUUUUUUUCUUUUUUUGUACACUGAAUACACUGUUUUCUGAGUCAUUUCAGAGCAGCAAUAAAACAUUAUGACAGUUA